AUGGAAGAACCAUUUCUACUAAGAGACGAGCAGCUAGUCCCCGGUAAAGCCACAUGGCAAAAAAGUCAGUUCACCGUCGAGCUGAAGAAAGUGAGCCGCCUAGCUGCUCCUAUGGCCACCGUCACCAUUUCUCAGUACCUUUUGCCUGUCAUCUCAGUCAUGGUCGCCGGCCACAACGGCGAGCUCCAGCUCUCCGGCGUUGCUCUUGCCACCUCCUUCACUAACGUCUCCGGUUUCAGCAUUAUGUUUGGGUUAGUGGGUGCUCUGGAAACUCUUUGUGGCCAAGCUUAUGGAGCCAAACAAUAUGAAAAGAUCGGCACCUUCGCAUACUCUGCAAUCGCCUCCAACAUCCCAAUUUGUUUGCUUAUCUCAGUUAUCUGGAUUUACCUAGACAAGCUCUUCAUCUUUCUCGGACAAGACCAUGACAUCUCAGGAGUCGCAGCCUCGUAUGCCUUUUGGCUCAUACCGGCUUUGUUCGCUCAAGCGAUUGCCAUACCACUGAAUCGGUUUCUUCAGGCACAAGGGUUGGUUCUUCCUCUGUUAUACACUGCCGUGACGACUCUUUUGUUCCACAUCCCGGCUUGUUGGACUUUAGUUUCCGUGUUUGGUCUUGGAAGCAAUGGAGCUGCGAUGGCUAUUAGUAUGUCGUUCUGGUUUAACGCUCUGAUGCUCAUAUGCUAUGUGAGAUUCUCGAGCUCUUGCGAGAAGACUCGCGGCUUUGUAUCUGAUGAUUUCGUGUCUAGUGUCAGACAGUUCUAUCAUUACGGAAUACCAUCAGCAGCAAUGACUUGCCUAGAAUGGUGGCUAUAUGAGGUAAUCAUACUCUCCUCAGGACUUCUCCCGAAGCCGAAACUCGAGACCUCUGUUCUUUCAAUAUGUCUUACAACAGCAACUUUGCACUACGUGAUUCCGGCAGGAGUCGCGGCGGCUGUGAGCACACGCGUCUCAAACAAUUUGGGAGCUGGGAAUCCUCAAGGUGCUAGGCUAUCAGUAUUGUCAGGACUUUGUCUCUGGCUUGUAGAGUCAGCUUUCUUUAGCAUACUUCUCUUCACCUGCAAGAACAUCUUAGGCUACGCGUUCAGCAACAGCAAAGAAGUUGUUGACUAUGUCGCCGACCUCUAUCCUUUGCUCUGUCUAUCUUUCAUUCUCGACGGAUUUGCUGCAAUUCUUAAUGGUGUUGCUAGGGGUAGUGGUUGGCAAAACAUUGGAGCUUGGAUCGUCGUCAUGUCUUAUUAUCUAGUAGGAGCUCCGGUUGGAUUUUACUUAGGUUUCAAUCGUGAGUAUUACGGAAAAGGAUUGUGGUGCGGUCUUGUUAUUGGAUCCGUAGUGCAAGCCAUUAUCCUUGCUUUCAUCACAGCUUCUACAAAUUGGAAGGAACAGGCUGAGAAGGCAAGGAAGAGAAUUAGUCUCAACUGA